UUCCAAUGUCGCAAUCAAACCCUUUGCCAGCCAACCUCUAUAAAUAUCCGAGCCCAACCGGUGAAAUGAAUUUCGACAUCUUCUCCUAAUCCUUCACCCACGCCCUUUCUUAUACUGCGCACACGCUCCUAACAUACGCCACCAUGCCCGUCGACACCCUUUCCCGAAACCCGGCGCAGAAAAAACGUUCUCCGAAAAACCCCGAGACGAAAUGGAGAACCGUUUCCCAGGAGAGAAUCUACGGCCAGAAACUGCUGGAAGCGCUGAAAUCCACCAAGAACUCAUCGCAGCCGUCUAACCUCGCUCCAUCCCGCGCGAUCAAGGAGGCGGCCGAUUCCGCUCUGGCCUUGACCGCGAAAGGCCAGACCCGGUGGAGCAGGGCGAUUCUCUCGAGCCGAUGGCGGAAGCGUAAAUUGUGGCUGAAAGCGGGUGGAAAGAUAAGGCGGUGCUCCUCGACCCGUCCGCGGAUAGGAAAACCGGCUCCCGUUCCAGCUCCAUCUCAGCCGAAGAAGGAAGAGAAGGUGGAAGACCGGCUACGGAUCCUCGCGCGAUUGGUUCCGGGCUGCCGGAAGGUAUCGACGCCGAGUCUUCUAGAAGAAGCGGCGGAUUACGUGGCAGCGCUGGAGAUGCAGGUGAAGGCCAUGCGCACGUUAGCCGAUCUUCUUGCGGCCACGAGCCUGAGUCCCGCUGCAGAGGAGAGCUGACGCUUCAACGUUUUUUUUGUCUUCUUGGGGAAAGGCGAGGGUGAAAUUGUUAAUAAUUAUGAGGGUAUUAUUGUAAAUUCUUAAAAUUGUAUAUGCUUCGUUGGUUUUUUCCGACUACCACAACGGCGUCUGAUUGCAUACCCGUCUCGAUUUUUCUCUCUCCUCUGGAAUUAAUUUCGAAUAAAUCGGUAAUUUAAUUGGUUCCUUAAGGGUA